GCGAUGAGCGAAAAGCUAAUUCACCAAUGUUUAAUCAUACAUUACUAGAUGUGUAUGUAUGUAACAUGGCCUAAUUUAAAUGUUUAUCAUAGUAAUGUAAAUUUUAGUAUCAAUGUAACUGUUGGUCUCAGAACAUACAUGAAUUCUAUUUAACUUAUUUACAUUAUAGUGUCAAUUUAGAUUUACAAUAUAGUUGUAUAUUUCAACAGUUUUGUACAUAUUCUUCAGUUUUGUACAUAUUCUUAAGUAUAAACUCACUCAUCCUGAAACAUCAAAUGAACCUAAGAAUUAACUAAAUACAACUGACGAGUGCAGCUUAUAAUGUUCGAUUGCGUAUUUAUCAAACAUCAAAUUCAACGCAACAAAAAGCAUACACUUUACUUUAUCUGCAUUUCAGUCAUCAUUAUAUAUCUGUGCAAUGCAAAUAACAAAAAAGAAUUUCACCACUUUGAUUUCGUUUACAGCAACCUUAGUAGUAUUAUAGCUGAGAUUGAGAAAACUGGUACAACAUCAACGCAACCGUUGAAUAAUUUAACUUCAUCUUAUAGACUACUGAGAAAUCCUCGUCAGAAACAAUGCCAUUCGAAUUCAUGCAUUACUGUUGAUAUUAUAUACCUUGUCAAAUCUGCUGUGUUAAAUUUUAGUCAAAGAAAGGCAAUUCGUGAGACAUGGGGCAAAGAUGGAGAUAUACGUAUAAUUACAAUAUUCAUAUUAGGAUAUAGCGAAUCCCUAAAAUCAUUUAUAGAGACGGAAUCCAUAAUUCAUGGUGAUAUAUUGCAAUUUGAUAUGCAGGAUAUAUAUGACAAUCUCGUGUAUAAGACAGUCUUCUCUAUUGCUUGGUUAUGUGAUUCAAACAUCAAUACGAAAUAUGUCCAUUUUGUCGACGAUGACCGGAUGAUUAAUUCAAAAAAUCUUUUAAAACUAGCAUUAAACAAUUUACACCAGUCUGAAAUGAAAAUGAUAGGAUAUAAAGCCAACUUUGAAAAACCUUAUCGCAAAAAGUCAUCAAAGUGGUAUAUAUCUGUUACGGACUAUGAAUUUGAUGUAUGGCCACCAUACAUAAUUGGUGGGACAAUGAUAACAAAUUUUCGGGUUAUAAAAACACUUAGGGAAGGGAUACCAUUUUCUAAGGUAAUUCGAAUCGAAGAUGCAUACAUCGGUAUAUUGGCGAGAUUGCUUAAGAUUUCUUUGGAACAUAAUAAAAACUUCACGCCAUUCUUCAUAUCAGGAUAUGAAUUGAUUAACAAAAUAUCUAGUCCUGAUUACCGAAGCUACGAUGCAAUGAUUAGGGAAUGGAAAGUUUUUAACUCGGUCAGAAAUCACACAAUUCACAAUAACGGUAACAUAUUAUAAAGCAUCAGUCGAAGUGGAACACCAUCGGAGUUACAUUAGACCCGGAAUUUUCAAAUGAUAUGAAAAGCACAUAAUUCCUUGUAAUAAUUAUUUAUCUAUGUAAUA